AUUAUUUCUCUCUCAUACUAUACCCUGUUUCUCUUUCUUCUCCCAUUUUUUCUCUCUCUGGCUUCUUUAUCUGAAGACUCUGAACACCACUCUUUCUCCAUUUCUUUUUUUCCUUUCUUCACCAUUCAUACCUUCUCUCUUUUCUUUUUCUUUCUUCACCGGUUUUUUUUUUUUUUUUUUUUUUUUUUCCCGCUUCUCUUUCCUAUUUUCUCUCUCUCCAUCUCCGUAGGUUUGGUGGAUUUUGACUGUAGUGGUGAUUGAUUCUGGGUAUGGGUUUCUUGGAUUUGGUGGUGGUGGGUUUGGGUGUGGGUUUGGCCGUGGGUUUGGCGGUGGUGAUUGAUUUUGAGUGUGCGUUUCUUGGAUUUUGGCUAUUGUGGUGUAGUGGUGGUUAAGUUUCAAGUAAAGUAGUAGUGGUGGUGUGGUGGUAGUUUGAGUUUUGGGUGGCUGGUUCGUGUGGUGGUGGCAGAUCUGGGUUUGGUGUGGUGGUGGCAGUUUUGGGUGGCUUGCUUUGUAUCUGAGAAGAGAGACAGACGAAGAGGAAGAGAGAGAAAGAGUCGAGGAAGAAUAAAAAAAUAAUAUUUAAAAGAAGUAGCUAAAAAAAUAGGACCAUUGACGUUGGGUUUGCACGCCUCUCCUCCCGGUGACUUGUGUCUCCGCCCUUUGCAGACCGCUUUGGGUUCAUUCCUUAGACCGGAACAGAAGAAGCUAGAGCCACUACCAACAAACAAGUAAAAGAAAGGAGUUGAACAGUUGGCAUUCAAAGUGAUUUGAGGCUGUACCAAGGUCUGUUUUGUAGCAUAAUGGAGGCUGUGGAUUGGGAAAAUUCUUCGGGAGGUUCAAGUGAUACUGAGGCCUAUUUGCAAGAUAAAAAAUAUGAGGAUGAUGAGGAACUCCAUUUUACAUCUGGGUUUAUAUCCAAGUUGCAGUUUAGGAAAGAUAAAUCCAGGGCUCAUUGGAUUAAUGAAAUCGGAAUGGCUGAGGUUGUAGAAAACAAGGGUAAACUGUGGAGGACAAUGGGAGUAGUUCGUAGUGGCAAGAUUUAUUACUCAAUUGAGGAAACUUUGUUUUUGAUGGAAAUAGGCGCAUUGCUUCUCUUGGAUGACAAUGGUACAAGUCUUUCAUUAAAUGAUAUAUAUGCAAAGGUUAGUGGAGGCUCUUGGGAGCUAUUUGAGGUUUAUAGGCACUUGAAAUCUCUUGGUUACAUUGUUGGGCAGCAUGGCAUUGCUUGGUCUAUUAAGGAUGCUAAGAGUAACCGUCAAUCUGUUUCUCUUCAAUGCUCUCCACAAAGCAGUGAAGUGGUAGACUUAGAAUCAGAAGAUGAGAGUUGCAUUGUUGGACCAUUUAAUAAUAUGCACGUUAAUGAAGCAAGGCCAGUUUUUGAUGUCUAUCUCCCAAAUAGCAAGUUUAGAAAAUCUUCUCCAGGUGAUCCAAGCUUUGUGAUCUGCUUAACUAGGGGUGAUCUACCAUCCAUAGCAGAUAUUGAAGUCCUUGAGAGGCAAUGUGGGGCCAUUCCUUUGCGGUUUUGUCAUGUAGAGUAUGGACGGGUCAGUUUCUUUUCCUUUGAUGAUGUGGAGCUUCCUAUCCUACCCUGACUCUUUGGAGUGGUAACUGUUCUAUACUCCAUGUUUAAAUGCUACUUUGCAAAGAUAUGAAGAGCUUUAUGUACAUACUAGGAGUCAAAUAUUAUAAGCAAGAUGCCUACAUCAACAUUUGUUUUAUAGAAAUUGAUUUUGAGAAAAAAUGUGCAAUUUUCGGGCACAGUUUAUCUAUGUACAGGAUGGAUGUCAAUUUUAUAUACAUAACUAUAACUUUUGCUAAUAA